AAAGAAAACGGAGUGGGGAAGGUGCAAAAAUGGCGCCUGUGGCAGGGAGAAGCACAGGCGCCGUUAGCGUUGGAGCUGCCAUCUUCGUCUCACUCGCUGUCGCUUAUUUCUUCUGCGACCGUCGCUUCAACUCAUCGAAGAAGAAGAAGAAGAAGAAGAAAUCUACGAAGGGGCUCGUCGACGCUAUCGGAGACACUCCUUUGAUUCGAAUCAAUAGCCUUUCUGACGCCACUGGUUGCGAAAUUCUCGGCAAGUGCGAGUUUCUGAACCCUGGUGGCAGUGUCAAGGAUCGUGUUGCAGUUAAAAUCAUUGAAGAGGCUUUGGAAUCUGGCCAGCUACUUCCAGGUGGAAUUGUUACUGAAGGGAGUGCUGGAAGCACCGCCAUUAGCAUUGCCACUGUUGCUCCUGCAUUUGGAUGCAAAACCCAUGUUGUUAUACCAGAUGAUGCUGCCACUGAGAAGUCUCAAACACUUGAAGCCCUUGGGGCAACUGUUGAGAGAGUACGACCAGUGUCAAUUACUCACAAAGACCAUUUUGUCAAUAUUGCAAGAAGGCGGGCAUCUGAAGCUAAUGAGUUUGCAUCUAAGCAUGGAUAUUCACAUUUGAACGGCAAGGAUGCAGAGAAAAUAAAUGGUCAUGAAUCUGAUGGAUACUGUCACAGCUCGGUCUUUUCUAAUGAUUGUCAAGGUGGCUUUUUUGCUGAUCAGUUUGAGAACUUAGCAAACUUCAGGGCCCAUUAUGAGGGUACAGGGCCUGAGAUUUGGGAACAGACCAAAGGAAAUUUAGAUGCAUUUGUUGCAGCAGCAGGCACUGGUGGUACAUUGGCUGGUGUUUCUAGGUUUCUUCAGGAAAAGAAUCCAAGAAUCAAGUGCUUCCUCGUAGAUCCUCCUGGCUCUGGUUUGUUUAAUAAGGUAACAAGGGGGGUGAUGUACACCAAAGAGGAGGCAGAAGGACGAAGACUUAAGAAUCCAUUUGACACUAUAACAGAAGGGAUUGGAAUUAACAGGAUAACAAGAAAUUUUGCGAUGGCAAAACUUGAUGGGGCAUUUAGAGGCACAGAUAGGGAGGCUGUUGAAAUGGCCAGGUUUCUUUUGAAGAGUGACGGGCUCUUCCUUGGGAGUUCCUCUGCAAUGAACUGUGUUGGAGCAGUUAGAGUAGCACAGUCAAUUGGCCCUGGUCACACAAUUGUAACCAUUCUUUGCGACAGUGGAAUGAGACAUCUGAGCAAGUUCCACAGUGCCGAAUACUUGACUCAGCUUGGUUUGACACCCAAAGCAACUGGAUUGGAGUUCUUAGGUAUCACAUGAAUUUUGGUUCCACUUUCAGAGUUUUGAAGUUUAUAUGCCACUGGUUCUUGACCAAAAAAAAUUGCUACUGGUUCGGUACUAUGUUAUUUGAAUCUCCGGUGCUUAAUGCCCUGCCUCAGGUGCCAAUGCGGACGACCUCUUUCACAUCAUCUGUGAGUGGCCACCACGAAGUUAGAACUAAGUUCAUUGUAAUUAACUUCGAGGGGGUAUUAUGCUUGUUGAUUGACAGUUCGCCUUUUUGGGGUUGGAGAGGGGAUAUUAUAUGCUUUCAUUCUUUGUUAGACUUUAUGAUUUAUUUAACUAGUAGUGAACGAUGACUACCAAUUAUUUGUCAGCAAAGUAUGUUCAAUUCAAACAAUUUGAGAACGAUGAAUUAAGCAAGAUUUUUUUAUUACAAGAUUAAUGA